UAAAAGUCAGUCAAAUGGUUGAAGGGACAGGAGACAAACAGGAGAAACCUCCACUUGACUGAACGACAACAAGGAACGAGAAGGACAUCGGACAACAGGCAGGAGAAUGUGUCCUGUGUGGUUAGUGGUGGCUGCGUUGGUUGUGGGCGGGACCAGAGGAGCUGUCAGUCAAUGCUGGGAGCAUCCGAGCUGUAAGGACUUCACCUCAGAGAGCAGCAUGAUGGACUGCAUCCAGCUCUGUCGCUCAGACCUCACUGCAGAGACUCCGGUCGUCCCAGGCAAUGCCCACCUCCAGCCGCCUCCUCCAUCAGACCCCUCCUCAUUUAUCUUCCCCUCCUCUCCCUCCUCCUCCACGUUACCUCUGACCAAACGGUCCUACUCCAUGGAACACUUCCGCUGGGGGAAGCCCGUUGGUCGAAAGCGCCGCCCUGUCAAAGUCUACACCUCCAACGACGUGGAGGAGGAGUCGGCUGAAGUGUUCCCGGGGGAGAUGAGGAGACGGGCGCUGGCUAAUGAGCUCUUAGCAGCAGCAGUGGCAGAGGAGGAGGAGAAGGCACAGGAGAUGAUGCAGGAGGAGCAGCAGCAGCUUCUGGGAGGCGUCCAGGAGAAGAAGGACGGGCCGUACAAGAUGAAGCACUUCCGCUGGAGUGGUCCUCCAGCAAGCAAGCGCUACGGCGGCUUCAUGAAGAGCUGGGACGAGCGCAGCCAGCGACCACUGCUCACACUCUUCAAGAACGUCAUCAACAAAGACGGACAGCAGCAGAAAUGAGCAGCAAAGACAGACCACAGAGCUGCUGCCCGGCCAAGAUCAGACACUAUUAAAAACCAGUCACUGGGUCCUGAAUGA